GAGGAGGGAGAUAACCAAUUGGCCACAUGAACCUAAAACACUCUUUCUUUGCUUCUUCUCUGCCGUCUCAUCUUCUAACACACAAUACCCUUUACGUGAUUUCACUCGAGAGCUACUAAUUUAAGGUUCUUUGAUAAUCUGUUUCUUAAAUUUCUUGUGAGAUUUUCGGUUCCAUUUUGCGUGAUGGAGGAAUCCGUGAAACGGUGUAGAGGUUUCUCAGAUGCGAGAGAAGAUUUGAUGAGUAAAUUAACUGACGCUUUGAUAUCUCAGGUACUCUUUUAUCUUCCGACAAAGGAAGCUGUUAGUACUAGUGUUUUGUCCAGUAGGUGGAAAAGUGUCUGGCUUUUGAUUCCUGACUUGGAUUUGAACUCUAGUGCAUUCCCAAGUAACAAUGCAUUUGUGGGUUUUAUAGAUAAGUUUAUAGAUUUCUCUAAGAUAGAGAAUUCAUGUUUGCACAAGCUUAAGCUAAGUAUUCGGAAGGAGCAUGAGAAUGAUAACAAGUCUUGUGUCACGCGAUGGAUUGGUUUUGUGGCUACCCAUAAACUUAAGCAUCUUGAUGUUGAGUGUCUUCUUUGGAAGAAAAAGUGUUUGGAAGUGAUGCCAUUAACCCUCUAUAUUACUCAGACGCUUUUUUACUUAAGACUCCAUCGGGUAUUGUUGGGUAAUGUUGAGUCUAUUUCAUUACCUUGUCUCAAGACUAUGCAUUUAGAACAAAAUGUUUAUGCCAAUGAGACGUGUCUAGAGUUCUUUAUCUCAUCUUGCCCUGUUCUUGAAGAUCUGAGUAUUGUUAGAAAGGUAGAUGAUAAUGUAAAGGUUUUACGAGUGCUUUCCCAAACACUAACCAGUCUUUUUGUAGCUUUUGAUUAUGGUGAGCACCGUAGAGGCUUUCAUGGGUAUUAUAGCUUAGACUUUGGAGUUUUGAUUGAUGCACCUAGACUAAAAUAUUUGAAGAUCGGAGAUGAUAUAUCGCGGAGUAAAAUCGUAAGCAAUAUGGAUUCCUUAGCCAAGAUUGAAAUUGUUGGCCUCUUUUAUAUUGAACGUGCUUUUCAUAACAAGGUGGCCCGUAACUUUUUCAUCGGUAUCUCCAGAGUUAGAGAUAUGAUCAUCUCUGACCGUGCUAUGUGGUUCAUGUCUUUCUACUUCUUGAGAGAAGAAUCAACACCCCAGUUUUGCAACCUGUCCAGUUUGGAAGUAAAAAUCUCAUGGUCCCGAGGGAUAAACCUGUCGAUGUUUCUUGAUAACUCUCCGAAUCUAAAAUCCAUGGUCUUGGUGAUUUAUUGCAAAAACCUAGAGAAGUCAGUAAGUUUCUCGUCCGUGCCUCAGUGUUUGUUAUCAUCCCUGGAGUUUGUAGAGAUAAAAAUCAGCAGAUUCGGCAUAAUCUCUCUUGGAAUUGGAAUAGCAAGGUUCUUUGUAGAGAACUCAGUAGUUCUCAAGAAACUUGUUGUGCAUUCGAGCCGUCCCAUGCGUAAGAAAAGUUUGGUUGCCUUCGAGAAUCUCCUUGCAUUACCGAGGCGAUCUAGCAUGUGUCAAAUCAUAUCUGUUGUUGACGGUUAUAAAGACUUUUAGGCAGCUCUUUGAUAAGACCAAAACUAGCAUUUUUAGAUAUUUGGACUUGGAUUUUGAUUUUUGUUGGAACUACAUUUUGAUGUUAUGAGUGAAAUUUUUAUUUAAAGUAAAAGGUGACU